UUACCUGCUGCCCAUUCGGGCCAUUCCCCUCUCCUUGUCCCGCACGCCGCCACAUGCGCGUGGGAUACGCUAGUGGUUGAUGAGGUGGUGAGUUGGUCUUCCAUAUCCGUCUCCGAUCCGGAUUUGUGCUGAAACGCUGCGUUUUGCAUUUGGAAAUUCUCUCUUUCCCUCUUCCUCCCUCUCUCUCCAUCUCUCUCCUAGGGUUUCUUUUUCAAAGCCCCAAUCUUUCUAUUCCAAAAUCGCUGCGGAAACGAGAUAAGGAAUAUGUGGAUUGAGGUAUGGGCGAAUCUGGGGUUGGUGUGAGUAUUGCGAGAUCGAUUGCACAGCAAAGCUGGGAUCGGAAUUCAAAUUCGUCGGAGAAGAUGGCUUCCGUCGAAUGCCGGUUACGAUUCUCGGCGCUUGAUUCAUAUUCGAUUGCUUGUGAGGCGUUCUCUGAACAGGUUCCCCUUUUGAAGUCAAUCGCACUCAGAAUCACACUCCUUUAGUAGUUUUUGUUCUGGAUUUCUUCGCUUUCUUUGGUUGUUCGUUUCUUCGUCGCCGUCACAAUGAAUUCGGACAAGUUCGAGACUGAUGAUAGUGAUUUUGAGGAGAAAGAUCCCACAGGUCGAUACGUUAGGUAUAAUGAAUUCUUGGGGAAAGGAGCAUUCAAGACUGUAUACAAGGCAUUUGAUGAAGUAGAUGGAAUAGAAGUCGCAUGGGGUCAAGUGGAAAUUGAGGAUUUGUUACAGUCCCCUCAACAGCUGGAAAGAUUAUAUUCAGAGGUUCAUCUGCUGAAGUCAUUGAAACACGAUAACAUCAUCAAGUUCUAUAACUCUUGGGUUGAUGAUACGAACAAGACUAUUAACUUGAUUACAGAGUUAUUCACUUCUGGGAGUUUGAGACAAUAUCGGAAGAAGCAUAAGAAUGUUGACCUCAAGGCCAUCAAGAACUGGGCGAAGCAGAUCCUUCGAGGUUUACACUAUCUUCACAGUCACAAUCCGCCCAUUAUUCAUAGGGAUUUAAAAUGUGAUAACAUUUUUGUUAAUGGUAAUAAUGGAGAAGUUAAAAUUGGAGAUCUGGGUUUGGCAACUGUCAUGCAGCAACCUACUGCACGAAGUGUUAUUGGUACUCCAGAGUUCAUGGCACCAGAGCUUUAUGAAGAGGAAUAUAAUGAACUCGUUGACAUAUAUUCUUUUGGCAUGUGCAUAUUAGAGUUGGUUACAUGUGAAUACCCAUAUAAUGAAUGCAAAAAUCCUGCACAAAUAUAUAAGAAGGUUUCUUCGGGUAUAAAGCCUGCUUCCCUUGGUAAAGUGAGUGACCCCCAAGUCAAGCAGUUCAUAGAGAAGUGUUUGGUUCCAGCAUCCUUGAGAUUGUCUGCACAAGAGCUCUUAAAGGACGCAUUCUUCGCCACAGAAAAUUCGAAGGAGCCUGUUUACAAUCACAUGCAGUUAUUCAAUUCUGCGCACAACUCAUUUAACUUGCCAGAGUCUCAAUCCCAUGGCAUGGACCUAGACCCUAAGGCUGAUAAGCUUUCAGUGAGCACUCAUAAGAGUAGUGUGGAUGAUUCUCUGCAGUCAUCCAAUUUUAUGCCCAAUCUGAUGAACUUGCCUAAGCCUGAAUUGCAGCCCAUGGACAUGGAUCCUAACUACAAGAAGCUUUCAGUGAGCACUCACAUGAAAAGUAUCAGUGGAACUCCUCAUUUUCGUGCUCUACAAUUUGAGAGGUUCAACAAAAAUAAUCUCUUCAAGUUAAGAGGGGAGAAAAUUGAUGAUAAUUCAAUCUCAAUGACCUUGCACAUAGCUGAUCCAUGUGGUCGAGCAAAGAAUAUCCAUUUUGCAUUUUAUCUUGAUUCUGAUACUGCACUUUCAAUAGCUGGUGAGAUGGUUGAACAACUGGAUUUGUAUAAUGAAGAUGUGGCAGUCAUAGCUGAGUUAAUUGAUGUUAUGAUAUCUGAGCUUGUACCCACAUGGAAACCUGCAUUUGAGAGCAUGUUAUGUGGAGCAAAUAGUUCAUGUGAGGAUUCUCUUGUACUUCACAAUGGUGGAACCUCAUUGAGGCAUCCUAGUGAUUCAGGUUCAGCUAAGGGUACAUCAGACGCAGUUACUGAACAACAUCUUAUCUCACUGUCGGCUAAUGGGGAAGAACAGAGCACUGUGGAGUCUGCUCUUUCAGGAAUGUCAACUAAAGAUGAUGCCACAGUUGCUUCAGAUGCAAAUGACAUCAAAUCUUUAGAAUGCCCUGAUGAUGAAUGCUAUGAAGCUUCGGACAGAUGUUUCAAUGGAGAUCGUCAGGUACUUGAUCAUGAAAGGCAUAAAGAGGGAAGAUACAAGCGUAAUAUUGGUGAACCUGUUGCUAUGAAUGGAUUCACUAAGGACUGGGAGAUAUCCUGCAUUGAAUCAUGCUCUGGGAUGUCUAACAGUGUGAGCCUGUCAAGCAUCUGUUCUCUAUCCCUAGCAGACAAAGAUCCAAGCGAUGAACUAAAGCUGGAGGUUGACACAAUUGAUACACAGUAUCACCAGUGCUUUCAGGAACUCUUGAGGAUGAGGGAGGAAGCAAUCGAGAAAGCCAAGAAUAGGUGGAUCACAAAAAGUAGAUACCAACCUCUUCUUUGAUGUUAUUAGAUUUUACUUUCUUGGGUUGAAAUUCUUUUAGUCCUUUGAUUUGAAGUUGUCCAUUCAUAUUCUUUCAAUUCAAGAAGUCAAUUUCAGAGCCAAGCUCUGAGAGUUUUCAUAUGUUGGCAUCAAAACUUGGCGCAUUUAUCUGUUUGUAUAGAAGUGGUUACUCAGGCUGAUUGGCUUAAUUAUAAUUUCUGAUUGCUAA